GGACCAUUCACUGCUCAGUACAACAAGGAGCCCAAGUCUGUGACUGUCCUUGAGAGCCUUAAACUCUGUGGAACAUCUGUGGCGAGACCUGAAAGUGUCACUUCACAGACACUCCCAUGCAGACGGAUGGAGCCUGACAGGAUCUGACAGGAAGAUGGGAUGAACUGUCAGAAUCCAGGUGGAGGCGCUUGUAUUGACUUACAGGGAAACAGGAGGAAGGACUGAGCUCAUGGGUCUAAUAAAUAACAGACAUCCAUUAUGGGAAAUGUGUAUGUUUUGACUCGGUUUUGGAGUCAAGUGAAAACCUCGUCUGUCUGUCUGUUAAAUUUGAUUAAAUCCGCAUCUUCUUGCUUUUAUGGCUCCCAGAAACAUACUGGCAACGUAUGGGAAACGCUCUGCGUGUGUUCUGUACGCAGAUGAUUUACAGCAACAAUAACACAUUGACUCCAUCUUGCUUAUCGUCAUGGUGAAAUCUGAUUAUGGUGGGAUCGGAGCAGACGGGCCCACGGGAUCCAUCCGCGCACAAAGACCGGCCCUCAGCUGAUAUUUCAGUCUUUUUUAUGAAAGAGCCGGAUGUGACAGGGAGCAGAGGAACGGGGGGAUGCCUCCAGACGUCAAGCUCUCUGCCAAAUCAUCGGGGUGAUGUGCUCCUCAUAGGUGGUUUAGGAUAAUUGGGCCGUGGCCAUUAGUGAAGUGAACCAGUGCUGCCAAAAACGCUCCAUAACUCAGAGAGAAGACGCGAGUGUGUUAAAAUGAGGAGCAGGUUGGACGUGAGAUUGCACAGUGUGAUGAAUCCAGUCCAGGGAUUGUGUUUGAAUAAUUGCGCUGUCGGCUGCGUUUGUUCCUCCACCCGAGAUGUUAAACAUUCCCCUCACUCUCGCUAAAGGAGCAGAUCUCAGACCUUAACGUAAUUUAGGUAAAAAGCUAUUAGCCAGACGUUUAAUGAAAUGCUCUUUUCUUCUAGUUCUCAAUCCAACAGAUUUGUACCUAAGAGUGAGAUCCGACUCAGAGUCAAACACCGAAACCAGAUGCACAAAGACACUGAUCCAAAACCUAAACAUCCCAAAACAAAACAGAGCCACACAGUCCGAAGUCUGGAAACUCAGAGCCUGAGCAGUGCAGAGCAUUUCUCUUCAGGGGAAACACCAGCGCCGGCUGUACAGAGACCUGAUGACGGACUACAACCCGCUGGAGAGGCCCGUCUUCAACGACUCUCAAAGCCUCACUGUUCACUUCGGCUUCAGCCUCAUGCAGAUAAUGGAUGUGGACGAGAAGAACCAAGUUCUGACAUCAAACAUUUGGCUCCAACUGUACUGGACGGAUCAUUACCUCCAGUGGAACACCUCGGCGUACCCCGGCGUGAGCAAUGUGAGGUUCCCCGACCACCUCAUCUGGAAGCCAGAUAUCCUGCUGUAUAACAGCGCAGACGAGCGGUUCGAUGCUACGUUCCACACCAACAUACUGGUCAACUCCUCAGGCUCCUGCUCCUACUUACCCCCAGGGAUCUUUAAGAGCACCUGCUACAUCGAUGUGCGGUGGUUCCCCUUUGACGUGCAGAGGUGUGACCUGAAGUUCGGCUCCUGGACAUACGGGGGCUGGUCUCUGGACCUGAAGAUGCUGCAGGCAGAUGUCACAGGCUACAUAGCCAAUGGAGAGUGGGACCUCGUUGAGGUUCCAGGACGAAGGAGUGAGCGUUUCUACGACUGCUGUGAGGAGCCCUACCCAGAUGUGACCUUCACUGUGGUGAUGCGGAGGCGGACGCUCUACUACGGCCUCAACCUGCUCAUCCCAUGCGUUCUGAUCUCCACUCUGGCUCUGCUCGUCUUCCUGCUGCCCGCAGACUCUGGGGAGAAGAUCUCACUGGGCAUUACCGUCCUGCUCUCCCUGACUGUCUUCAUGCUGCUAGUUGCAGAGAUUAUGCCCGCCACAUCCGACUCGGUGCCUUUAAUAGCUGAGUACUUUGCUACCACCAUGGUUAUUGUUGGCCUCUCAGUGAUUGCUACAGUUCUGGUUUUGCAAUAUCACCAUCAUGACCCCGAUGGAGGCAAGAUGCCGAAGUGGACCCGCGUGAUCCUGCUGAACUGGUGCGCCUGGUUCCUGCGCAUGAAGCGUCCGGGUGAGGAGCGAGUGCGCUCAGCCUGUCACAACAAGGCUCCACGCAGCAGCCUCACCAGCAUGGACCUCAAUGCCAGCGCCUCAGCCUCCCAGUCCACCAACGGCAACAUGCUCUACGUCGGCAUUCGUGGUCUGGAGAGCCUUCACUACUCCCCGGCCGCCAUCUCACCCGACUCUGGCGUCCUCUGUGGACGGCUGGUCGGCCGCGGCGAAGAUGAGAUGCUUCUCCCCACCGGUCAGAGCUCCACCGUGGGCAGCGUGGAACCGGAGCUGGCCAAGAUCCUGGACGAGGUGCGCUAUAUCGCCAAACGUUUCCGUGACCAAGAUGAGGACGAGUCUGUGUGCAAUGAGUGGAAGUUUGCUGCGUCCGUCAUUGACAGGCUCUGCCUCAUGGCUUUCUCGCUCUUCACUAUACUCUGCACUAUUGGGAUCCUCAUGUCUGCACCCAACUUUGUAGAGGCUAUUUCCAAAGAUUUUUUCACUUGAGAGAUUAUCAGGAUACUGGGCUUCAACAAAAUAACAGCGUCUAAAUUUGAUCUCCUUAUACUGAAACUACUAAGCUUUAUUUAAAUGGUGCAUUUUGUUCAAAAACAUUAGCUGUGGUUUGUUAUGUAAGGUAACUGGGUAUUACUGUUCAUUACAAAACGUGAGCACUACACAAUCUUGUAUUAAAACAUAUUAAUUGUAUCAUAUAAACUAUUAGAUAUCCAAGCUAGAGUAUUGUGGUAAAUUAUCUUUAUAUGAAUACAAAUCUUUGUUGAUUAUUGGAUCAGUACUCUUCAGAAUGUUCCUAUUGAGUCCUAUUGUUUCUUGUUUUUUUCCACUGUUACAUAACAUUUGAUGGUCAUAUAAUUAUUGUGUGCUGAAAAUAAAGAGCUUUAGUUUAUGACUUAAUUUCUUUAUGUCUACGGAACAACUGUACUGUGAUAUUUUGUAUUUGGAAAUGAUACAAACAUAGUUUUUGGUUUUCUUUAUUUAUUACCAAAUAAAAGGUCCUUGUGGUGAACUGGCAA